CAGCUCAGCAGAGUAACUGCGGUGUGUGUGAGAUGUAGAGAAACGUGCUGUGCUGACAGAGAGGAAGCGUGAUCAAAACAUAAAGAGAGAGAGAGAGAGAGAAGCACGCAAGACUAAAUGGAGGAAUCUACUUAUUCAUAGUGUCCCUAAAGGCGUUUACGAACAUACUUAACUUUGUAUGGGAGAAAUGGAGGUAAAAGACUUUUUUGGAGAUCAUGGGAAGCACACAGCCCGCUGCAACUGCAAACAUCUCAGAGGCUUUAAACUCCUCAGCACCAGAGACACCAACCGGUAAAGUACAGGUACUACUUGCCAUCGUCUUGUCUGUAGUGGUCCUGACUAUUGUCCUUGGCAAUGUGUUGGUGAUUACCGCCAUCGCCCGCUUCCAACGGCUUCAAAACGUCACCAAUUGCUUCAUUACGUCACUUGCUUGUGCCGACCUGGUUAUGGGAUUAGCAGUGGUGCCCUUCGGCGCCAUUAAAGUCAUUCUGAACAAAUGGCACUUUGGCAGAUUCUGGUGUGAGUUUUGGACAGCCACUGAUGUUCUGUGCGUCACGGCAAGCAUCGAGACUCUAUGUGUCAUCGCUCUGGACCGCUACCUCGCUAUCACUUCACCCUUCCGCUACCAGUCCCUACUGACGAAGUGCAGGGCUCGCCUUAUCGUGCUGCUGGUUUGGGUCAUCGCCGGACUAAUUUCCUUCCUACCGAUCCACAUGGAGUGGUGGAUUUCCGAAAAUGAAGAUGCGAAAAGUUGCAUAAACACCACCUCCUGCUGUGAAUUUGAUAUCAACACCACGUACGCCAUCACCUCGUCCAUAGUCUCCUUUUACAUCCCACUGGUCAUCAUGGUUUUCGUCUACAGCCGUGUCUUUCAGGAGGCGAGAAAGCAACUGAAGAAGAUCAACAAAAGUGAAGGCAGAUUCCAUUCUCAGAACGUUAAUGGAAAAAAGCAGAUGUCAAGCACCGAGGGUCCCAUCAGCGCCCACUGUGAAGGAAGGAGCACCAAGAAGCUCAAAUUCUGCCUGAAGGAACAUAAGGCAUUGAAGACUUUGGGCAUCAUUAUGGGCAUCUUUACACUUUGUUGGCUGCCUUUCUUCAUACUAAAUGUUGUGGGGGCAAUACCUACAUUGGACAAAAUCGAGAACAUCAAAUUGACGUCCAAAAUAUUUAACUGGAUAGGCUAUGUUAACUCAGCCUUCAAUCCAUUCAUCUACUGUAGGAGCCCAGAGUUCAGGUAUGCUUUUAAGGAGAUCCUAGGCCUGAAUAGAUCACACUACCCUAAAGCAAAGCCAGCAAAUGGAUUUAAGUAUUCUGGGCAUAGCUGGGAAAGUGAGCACAGAGGACGGAGCAAAGGAAAUUCAGAGAACAGCGACCCAGCGGAGGGGAACUCAGAAAAAGAGUUGGCUGUAGAUAAAAAGGACUCAAAUGGGAACUGCAGUAACAAACUAAUGAAUGUGUUGUAAUUCACCUGGCAAGUCCUGACUCAUUCCACUAUGACUUCUUAUUAAGUCACAUAAGGACAGGUUACGCCUCUUCUGGUAAGUGGGCACUGAAGGAAGCAUGCUAGGACUGUUUAUUUUUUAAACAAGGGCCAUUUUUAAAAUUCAUUUUUAUCAUCUACCUCAUAAUGUAUUGUAUUAUCUUGUACUCUCACCUGCUUUAUCAGUUUAUUUGGGUAGUUUAUUUAAAAACAAAACAGCAUCAUCAAAAACAUUAUUUAAUUAAAACAAUCAGAGAUUUAAACAAAAACUACUUCUAUUCCAUAACAGAAAAUAAUCAAAUAAAUUGUCUUUUAGCACUAAGCAUUUUUCUUACAAUUUUCCUACAAUAUUUUGACUACAAUUUAUUUGCAUACAGAGAGAAAGAGAGAGAGAGAUAUAUAAAGAGAGAGAGUGUGAGAGCAAAGCUUUAUUAUCUCUUUUAAUACCGGGUGUGCGAGGUGGUGCCAGGGGCGCGAGGUUUUAUGACAUUUUACAAAAUACAUUAAUUUAUCAUUAACUCUGUGUAAUUAACCAACAACAUUGCGUUGUAUAACUUAAUAUAUUUAGUUUAACUCAAAUUUUAAGUAUGAGAUUAUUUUAUGUCAUGAAUUGUUUUUGAGGGGGUGUAAAGGGUUGCACCCUACAGGGUGGGGAGAGGGGUGUUGCACACGCAAAAGUAAAAAAAAAACACAGCAUUAAACAAAGUCUUUCUGCAGCGUCUUUUACUAAAGCUAGGUCAUUUCAGUGGAUGCAGUCUGCAAUGCAAUGCAAAAAGUUUUGCCAUGUUUUAUGUUCCAUCUUGAAUAACAAAAGUACAUAUGAUAUGCACAAAAUGUCAUGUGGCAAGCCAAUGCGGAAACCACACCUUUUGUCACAAUCAAAAAAUAGUGGAAGUAAAUGUAUGUGGUCACGAGAGCUUCUUUAAGGAAACAUGCAAUGUGGUACGGUUCAGUCUUUCAGUCAUGUGAUUCCUCAAACUGAGCAUCGCUCAAUCCCUUUAUGCAGUCUUUUCACAGCAUAUUGACACGAAUCUUAUCACAAAUCUCUUGGUUAUUAAACGCAUACAGGAAAGCAGAAAAUCUCUGGUGGUUAGAUAUGCCUGGUGUCAUUUUGGGUCUCACAGCAGAUGCUUCAAAAUUCACUCUGGGAAUGUUCUUAACAUGAUCUAGUUGAACAUUUUCAAGUGUAUCAAGCCACCAAAUAAAUAUUUGAGAUGUAGAGUUUGUUAAGAGACAUGUGACUCUGUCCAAAAUGCUAGAAGGAUAAACAAAUUAGGAAGUAUUGAGUUUCCUGUCUGCGAGCAAUGAUGGGUCCCGCUAAUGCAAGCAGUGCAAACCACACAGUCAUUUGUCUGUUCUCCUCUGACUCAAAUUUCUGACCUAGGCGUUUAAUCUAAUGUUCUACAUACGCAUACGCUGUGAACGUGGCCAAUGCUUUCGAUACGUGUCAGUGUUUGUCAACUAUUAAUUUUAGGUCAAUUGUUUCCUUUGAUAUUUUGUUGUUUGCUUAUUCCAUUGAAACUGUGAAAUUCUUUCUUUGACAAAAUGUUUUUGUACUGGUUGUGGCUUUGUGGUCUUGUUUGAAUACUUUGCACAUUUGUUGUAAUGCAAACACUUCUGUGUUUACUUUCCAUUGCUACAAUGUUGUGAUGACCAUUUCUGUUUUAAGAAAGCAUUACACCAAAUUGCAGGAGUAGAUCUACUGCAGUUUAAAACUAGCUUUUACAUCCGUCGCAGCAUUCACAGUAAAUGUAAUACACUGUCGAUAUACUGUAUAUUCAAUGAUAAAAAGACCACAGGUAUUAUAAUCUGAGUCUAGCGUUUAACUAGUGAAUAUACAUGUGUUAUACAGUAUGUGGAUGUCAUCGAUCUUGAUGUGAAGUGAAAAUGACAGCUUGGACAGAUUUGUUAACACUGCACUCUUCUGGGAAAGUUUUUUUCUGCAGGUAGCUUACAGUAAUCGCCUGUAUUUCUGUGCUUAAUUUGUUUCUAUUGAAAUUUUUGUGCAAUUUUUGCCAUGAUUGUAGCAAUGUAAUUUAUUGCUGUGUUGGAAGUUUAUAUGAAUUCUGCAUUCUAUGGACACGCUUAACCUGUUGAGUAAAGUGUUUACAACCAUCAAUGUCUUUCUGUAAGACAUAGCACCUUCGUUGUAGUAAUUAAGCAAAGUCUGGUCCCUGUACAUUGAUGUUGCUGUAUACUGUACAGAAAUGUCAUAUUGGUGCCCCCUUCAGCAUUCGAUGUGCACUAAUAUAUUUUCACUUAAAAGUUUUACACAAAAAGAAAUACCUUGUAGAAACACUGUAUGUUCACUUAUACAAGUCAAAGACUUGCCCCCUUCUUAAUUACUGCCAUGCUGAAUUCAAAUGACCUGUCGAAGAAACUGAACAAAGUGCCAGUAUGGGUGUAAAUGGGGCAUUUUUAAAAUGGCAAUUGUAAUAUGCUUUUAUGCAUCAUAUCUGCUGACAAAAUGAAAAUAAAAUUGAACUUAGUUUACCUUUAAGUUCAUCAACUAUGUCUGAAAAUGUGGCACAUCUGGCUAAUAAACCUAAAAGAAGUUGAAAGGGAUAACCUUGAAGGAGAUCAGUCAUCGCAUUUGAAAGUACAGAUACAGUGUGGACAACGUCUCACUGAUGCAUGCAAAUAUGAUUCAAAAUCAACUUUAAUGACAAAGCCUAUUUAUACUGUACAUUUAAAAAUCAAUUCAACAAUAAAAAUUAAGACUCAGUUAGCAAAACAAAACCUUUCAAUAUCCAAUUCCAUGAACCACUUUAUUCAUGGUCUGUGUACUAUGUAUAAUGCUGUACCAGUUUAAUGUUUACUUAGAUCCCUUUAAGCUACUUUCGCACAAUAAUUAUCAUUGUUUAGUUCAACUAGGAAAGUAUGUUGAAUUAUAAUUGUUGUUUAAUUGUAUUUAUGAAAUAUAAAUGUAAUGUCAUUUGAAUUCUGUAAUAAAUGUUUAAAUGAAAGCAAAUUGAUUCUCAAAAUGUCUUUAAAAACCAAAACAAAUGCAUGGAGCUGUUACAGUAUAAAACACAAUUUGGGUUUAAGAUAGAGCUGCAUACAUUUUAAACGCAUUUCU